GCGCAGCCCCGCCGCCUCCCCCUGCGAUCCGGGGGCGCGGUGCCUCCGCCUCGCUCAGGGCUGCUCGUCGCGCUCGCUUCCAGGCUAUUUCUUCGCCUGCUCCGCCCGCCCAGGAGAACCGGAGGCGCCGCUGUCGCAAAAAUCAAUAGCUAGAGCAGCAAAGUGAUGUGAAAUAACGUGGUGACAAAGAUGACUCUUUUACCAGGAGAAAAUUCAGACUAUGACUACAGUGCUCUCAGCUGCGCGUCAGAUGCUUCCUUCAACCACCCUUUCUUUGCUGAAACAGAAACUCUCAAAGGAGUCUUUUACCAAAGAGCCAAACUUAUUCAACCGGGGAAAGAGCUCUACACAAGCAUCCACCCAGAAGACCGGAAGCACCACAUCAUCAUAAAUGUGGGUGGUUUUAAAUACUUGCUCCCGUGGACUACUCUUGAUGAAUUCCCCAUGACCCGCUUGGGACAGCUAAAAUUUUGCAACAAUUUUGAUGACAUCCUCAAUAUUUGUGAUGAUUACGAUGUGACCUGUAAUGAAUUCUUUUUUGAUCGAAACCCUGGGGCGUUUAGGACCAUCUUGACUUUCCUGCGGGCAGGGAAGCUCAGGCUUUUGAGAGAGAUGUGUGCUCUUUCCUUUCAAGAAGAGCUGCUCUACUGGGGCAUUGAGGAAGACAACCUGGAAUGGUGCUGCAAGAGAAGGUACCUGCAGAAGAUGGAGGAGCUUGCAGAAAUGAAUGACACAGAAGAUGAGUUCGCAGAUAGCGAAAACCAGUGUGAGGCCGUGGCAGAAACAAAAGCUGGUCUUUGCAUGAGAAAGUUGCGGGAUAUGGUGGAGAGACCUCAGUCUGGGAUUCCUGGAAAAGUGUUUGCCUGCUUAUCGGUGUUGUUUGUGACCAUCACAGCAGUCAACCUCUCUAUCAGCACCAUGCCUGGCUUAAGAGAGGAAGAGGAGAAAGGCGAAUGUUCUCAGAUGUGCUAUAACAUUUUCAUAGUGGAAUCGGUCUGCGUAGGAUGGUUUUCUUUGGAGUUUCUGCUGAGGUUCAUCCAAGCACCGAACAAGUUUGUGUUUCUGAGGUAUCCAUUAACCCUGAUUGAUAUCAUCGCCAUUCUGCCCUAUUACAUAACUUUGUUGCUAGAUUCUGCAUCUGUGGGCAGUAACAAGAAGCCAAGUUCUGGCAACAUCUACCUGGACAAAGUUGGCCUGGUGCUCCGCAUACUCCGUGCCUUGAGGAUCCUGUAUGUUAUGCGACUCGCCAGGCACUCUCUGGGCCUGCAGACUUUGGGGCUCACUGCUCGAAGGUGCACCCGCGAGUUUGGUCUCCUGCUGCUUUUCCUCUGCGUAGCCAUUGCACUGUUUGCACCCCUCCUGUACGUGAUUGAAAAUGAGAUGGCAGACUCCCAGGAGUUCACCAGCAUCCCUGCUUGUUAUUGGUGGGCAGUGAUCACCAUGACAACAGUAGGCUAUGGCGACAUGGUACCCAGAAGUAUCCCAGGCCAGGUGGUGGCCCUGAGCAGCAUCCUCAGUGGCAUCCUUCUCAUGGCUUUUCCUGUCACAUCCAUCUUCCACACAUUUUCCCGCUCUUACAUUGAGCUGAAGCAAGAGCAGGAAAGAAUUAUGUACAGGAGGGCACAGUUCUUAAUGAAAACAAAGUCCCAGUUAAACAACGCGUCACCAGGGAGUGACAUAUUUCCAACUAUGUCUUCGGAGACAAGGGACAAUGACUGAAACGGAAGUUUCCAUGUCUGCCGGUUGUUGAGCAAACAGGCUGCAUCUUGGCAUUUGCUUCUGGAGGCUUUGGGAGAUGUAUUGUACAAAUAACAUACAAAAGGGCUUUUAGCCAUUAUGACAAUGGGGAUUUAUUCAUCAUUUUGCGUAUUUGCAUUAUUAUUAGUUGGAGAAUAAGAUUGCUGCUUUUCAGCAGACAGCACAGUCUAGACACAAGAUCAUGAAAUGAGUUUAAAAAAACAGGUAUCAUUAACCAAAAGGAUGGUGUAAAAUUAUAUACAAGGCAUAGCUGUUGGCAUUUGUAACAUAAAGGGGCAAGCCAUUUCCCAAGAAAAUGACUGAAUGUUAAUGUUUUGUUCAUUUAGUUAAGUGACCUUUUGUUGCUUAUUUAUACAAAUAUUUGUGAACUACACCAUCUCAGAAAUCCACAUUUUGGGGUGUAUAAUUCCAUUAUUUGUACUGGAUUACGCAUAUAUAUCAUAUUUGCAGAAUAAUUAGUUUUGACUUUAUUGUUACUUUUCCUUCCAUGCUACAAAAGUUUUAUUGUUUCUGUCUCUUUCAGCUUCUGACCUCCUUAGCUUCAAAUAUAGAACAUACCAGAUAGCUGUAAAUCAUUGUCCAAGCCAGGAUAAGCAAUAGUAGAUUUCUUUUCAUCAUAAUUUAAAAGAAGUGCUUCUGGUUGUUUUUGACUGAUAAAGCAGCCUUUUAAUUAGGCACUUGCUUGCUAACUGUUGACAAGACCAAGCAUAGCCCUUCUCACUAGAUAUGCCCCUGGUUACAUUUUCUCUCUUUUUAAAAGAAUGUUUAUUUUGCAAAGUGGUCGAAACAAGGUGUUUUGUGGAGGUCUGGCAUAUCCAGUAACCACAGGAUUUCACAGUGUCUUAUUUACACAACUUCUCAGUGGGUUACAGCUAAAGGGGCCCCAUCAAGGCCAAAAAGCUUUAUGAUUGCCCUGUCAUGCAUAUUGUUCUCUGAACAUUUACAAGAAAGCACAGGAUAAUCAUUCACGGUCUCCUGGAUACUAACUGCCAGAUUGACCUGAAAUGGCUGUCCUUCUAUUCCAUGCCUUAUAAUGCUAAUAACGAAAGGUAGCUAACUGCAAAUCAAACACAAUAUGCACUGAAAUAUCACACCAUGCCAAUCAUUG